UCAAAUUUUAUUUCCGUUUCACGUUGGGGAGGCGCUCGGCCUUCGCCCGCGUCGCUUCUCGCGCACAAAAAACUAAAACAAUUCAACUUAACCGCGAGUUAACAGCAACAAAACGCGUAAUCUUAAUUCCGCGAUAUAGUAGUUGACGGUUAACGAGUUAGAGUUGUUUUUUUUGGGUCCGGAUCGCUCGCCAGAAGCCUUUGGUAAGGAGAACAUUCCGAAGAUGUCGGGUUUACUUGAACUGUUGCCCGAGAUAUACGAGCAGAUGAAAGGAAACCUGGAAACGAUACAGCAGGCCGUGACCAGUGGAAUUGAGCAGUUGUUGCUGACCAAGCCUCGGCAGGAACACGACUCAUGGAUUCAGAUUGUCAACAAAGCGGCACAAAUGAUUGAAGAAGACCACAACCACCUGGUUAACGAGGAAAACAAAAUUGCCGCAGAGAAGGCAGAGAUUCGGGCGCUGAUCGCAGAGAGUCGGCAAGAGAAAGAAGUCGUCUUGCAAAACAUCAACGAAAAGCGUGCCCAAAUCAGCCUGCUGAACGCGGAGUUCAACAGCAAGCGAGAGGAGCUGGCCGAGUCCCAGAAGGCUUUGGACUUGAAGAAGAGCACAAACCAACAAAAAAUGCAGCAUCUGUCCAAGGCCUUGUUCUUAUUCCAAAAUUCGAUGGAUAUAGAAGUACGCAAAAUUAAAGGGGGCAACCUUCAAUUUGUCUUCAGAAACAUCAAUCCGUCAGACCCAUCGCAGCCCUGCACAUUCACGAUACACCUUCUGCCAGAAGGAGGCUUUGAAGUCACGGACUGCCAGCCACCAAUCUCCUGCAUGCCUGAGCUGCUCGACCGCCUCCGGGAAACCAAAGCCAUGAAUGUCUUCUUCACCUGCGUGCGCAAGGCGUUUCAGGCCACUUUCUGAUGGCACAGGAGUUGGCAAGUGCAGCUGACAGCGUACAUCUUUCGGUGAAGCCCUGCGCAGGUGCUGCACUUGUAUACGUGGAUGCUUUUCUCCAACAAUGCCACACACGCCAAGAUGCGUGUGGGACUUUGAAGCCUUCAGAAAUAUUCCUCAGCAGCUUGCAACAAUGCAACGGAGAGCAUGUAUAUACUUCGCACUUCAGCCUGAACCUGCUAUUAGUCUUAAUAGAAGUUUGAAAAAGAGUGGCUGUGUUUUAUUUUAUGAUGUAAAUAUAAAAUGACCUCUCUUUACCUGAUUCACCUCUUUUGGAAUUGUCUAUGGAGUUAUAAUUAUAUAUCCCUACGACCUUAUGUGGCCUGCGUAUCCAAACAGAAUUUGACAAUGCAUUGAUUAGAAUUUAUUCUUGUACUGAUUAUACGUGCAUAGAAUUGUACUUGUACAUUUUUUUAUUUUGCAUUCAUAUAUAUUACAUAUAAUUAGUUUUUUAAACUCUGUAGCUACAUUCAAUGGCCAAAUACUGUAUGAUUAUCGAAUCAACUCUGAAUCGUGAUAAUUCAUGAAAUCGCGAGGCUGAUGGAUCAUUAUAUUCCGAGCAAUACAUGCUCAAUUUUGUAAGGACUCAAAGGUUUAGUAGAGUCCCUUGUGAAUACGUUUUCCCAUCAUUAGAAAUGUAUGAUUUUGUUUUUACAGCAAUAAUGCAGAGGUGGCUGUGUGUAUCGGUCACCUUGGCACAGAGCUGACAACCACUCGGAUGCUAGGUUUUUCAAGUCGAGUGAGUUGAUGGGGUCAGUCCAGUUAGCAGACCCCCCCCUCCCCUCCAAAAAAAUCUUAUCUCAUUAAAAUUGAACGUUCAUUUGAUUUGACUAAAUUCCAGCUCUGUAAAUGAAUAAACAUCCGAUGUCGUCGGGUAAUUGUCAUAACGGCGCACGUGUCGACGAAAAAGGGAUGUCAAUAGAAUGUAUUUGAAAGUCUUAUGCUACUGGCUGUUCUUCCAAGCAUAUACAGGGCUGCACUGUGGUCUGAGCUUUCCAAAUGCAUGCUUUGAAUCAUGACACUCAUGGUAAAAAUGGGGAGAAAGACCAAACAUGUUUCAGGUUGAUUAAAACUAAAACUUGCAUUCUCCAGAAAAACGAAAUAUGGACCCAUAUUUACUCAGUCUAUAUCCUAAUUCUAGGAUUCAGACUGGUUGUUGAUGUGAAAAAAGCAACUUAUAUUUAAAUUAAUUGAAGUCAAAAUAGGAUUGUGAUUUUUAUGGUACAAAACAGACAAAAAGCGUCAUGGUAACUACUCCACGGACGGUGCAGGUUAAGAGGUUCAUUGAAUUCGACGACGAGAAGUGCUUCUGACCGGCAUUUUCAUAGGCUAUUUUAAAUUGUGCUCAGUGAUGAGAAAUAAAGGCUUCUGUCGACUUUA